UAGUUUCCUCAUAUUUAUGAAAGAUAAGGAAGUGUUUUUAUUGUUAACUGGCACCUGAAAUACAGGACUUAAAUGUUGAAAAGAGGAGUCGGCAGGUACCGUAAUCAUGUGCUGCUGGUAUGGACGGCUUAUCUUUUUUUAUUUCUUCCUUCCAGCGUUUGGAGAAGUUCCCACGCCGAAAAACGUGACAAUGGAUUCAGUGAAUUUCCGAAACAUCUUACGAUGGAUUCCAUCUGCUGCCACUGGAGAAGAUAUCGUUUACAUGUACCAGGCACAGUAUAAACUGGAUUUUGAGGAAACUGAAUACAGGAAUGUGUGUGUGACUAACGCUACAGAAUGUGACUUCUCACUGGUUAAAUAUAAAUCAUUGAUACGUGUGAGAACAAAGCUACGUAACAAUGUCUCCGAAUGGGUCACAAUAAGAUUUGAUCCAUACACACAGACUGUUAUCAGCGCUCCCCGAGUGAAAGUGACCUCAAGGGCAGGAAAACUUGACGUGAGCUUCUCAGGCCCCACUCAGUCUGACGGCAGCUCUUUGAAGGAUGUAUAUGGUGCCUGGAUCUACAGAUUGGUAUACUGGAAAGAAAAUACCCCCUCUGAUGUUAAAACCAUAGAGACUGACCAAAACUACAAGAUAUUACCCGAUUUAGACAAAUGGACCAUGUACUGCCUUAAAGUCCAAGUCUAUGCUUACGAGUAUAACAACCCCGGGCAUUUCAGCCCAAUGGUUUGUGAGGAAACAACGGAUGAUGGUAAACCCCCUUGGUGGAUAAUUGCCAUUGCGUUCAUAUCUUCGAUGUUGGUGACCGCUGCCGCAGUCACAGGAAUAUUUUAUUUCAUCUUCAAGACGUACCAGGCAGGGAGACACAUCUUUUAUCCUUCAUAUUCCAUCCCACAGCACCUAAAGGAGUACCUGAGUAAUCCAUUUCAUAGCCCUCCGUACCCGCCAACACAGCCCAUGGAGGAGAGCGGAGAGUCGUGUGAAGAGCUCACAUUUGUGACAGAGGACAGUGAGGAAACAACCGGAGCCGUUUAAAUGUUUUAAAAACGUUUUUUUCUGAGUACCUGUUAGUUGUGGGGGAAAUAUACAAAACCAGACAGCACCCCAGACAAGGAGCCUCGUUGUUGUACCACGAAAGCACGUCAUGCCAUUUGUAUAAGUUUAAAAUGCCAGUAUGUGUCCUCCACACAUCGUGGAGGCAUCUUUAGAACCCCACAGUGCCACCAGAUCAACAUUGGAAGUAUUCUCUGUGGUGACUACCGGAUCCUAGAUGGCCUGAUUGAAAAGGACACCUUACAACUUUUUGAUGGAGAAAACAGGACAUUAUGAGAACUUUUCCUAGCACUGGGUACAUGUCGAUACAUGUUUCAAAUGCAGCCAGAUGCACAACAAUUCUGAUGAUUAGGGGCAGGUGGAAUGCUAGACGGGGCAGGUGUUGCUCCCUAUGCUGCUGUAGAGUAUGUGUUGUAAUUGCAAUUUAAUUUAUUCAGCCACUGUGGUGUCUAAAUGUCAGUUUUUACUGGAUGACUGAAUAAAUUCUGGGUUUUUCUAUGUUCCUAUACGUCAGCGGUUCUCAACCUGUGGGUCGCUGCCCUUUCACAGGGGUUGCCUAAGACCCUCGGAAAACACAUAUUUCACAAUAUAUAAUUACAUCAUUUUAUGGUUGGGGGUCACCACAACACGAGGAACUGUAUUAAAGGGUUGUGGCAUUAGGAAGGUUGAGAACCACUGCUAUACAUGAAUGUGUGUGUCAGCCCCCAUUUAGCAGACUUGUCCCCAAAGCUAUGAGUAAAAAUCUAAUAGCCUCUUGUAUACAUCAUAAUUUAUGUUUUCAGUUACUAUUUUUACUUGCUGCUGACAUUUUUAAUUGAAUAUGUAUUGUAUUUAAUUGUACAUUUUAAUUUAUUUCUUGGAGUUACAAUUGUACUUCAUAAUGAAUAUAUCAAGGAGAAUAAAAUUCAUUUAUGCAAAUAUAGGCACGUCUAAAAA